AUGAAGCUCUUAACCAGAGAAGAAGAAGAAGCCCACUACCGUGAGGUCGUCAAGGGCGGCACCCUCGGCGGCGUCUGCGGUCUCGUCGCAGGCUACGCAGGCGUCAUGCUCGCCUCCCGCCGCUACCAGACAAUCCGCAACCUCACGAUCCCCAUGAAAGCCUUCCUCAUGACCUCGUCCGGAACCUUUGUCGGAAUCAUCGCCGCCGACCACGCCUCGCGCUCUUACGAAGCCGCCCACAACCAAGAACGCCAGUGGUACGAGAGCCGCGAGGAGCGCCUCCGCCAGCAGGAGCUCGCGAGCAUGUCCUUUGCCGACCGCGCGACGGCCUGGGCGCGCCGCGAGCGAUACAAGAUCGUCGGUGUGACGUGGCUGCUGUCCAUGGCUGGAUCGUUUGCACUCGUUGGCCGGAACCCUUAUCUGACGGGCCCGCAGAAGGUUGUGCAGGCUCGUGUGUAUGCGCAGGGCGCGACGCUCGCGGUGCUGGUUGCCAGUGCAGCGUUUGAGAUCUCCGAGCGGAACCGCGUGCGCAGGGAGAUUGCCGCCAAGUCUGAGGGUGCGGCUGCGGGGGCUACCGCUGCCGGUGCCGUUGCGGAUUCCAAGACCAAGGAGUCGCAGACGCCUGAGACGCAUAACGAGGGCGAUCUGUGGAAGGAGAUGGUCGCUGCUGAGGAGGAGCGGUUGAAGAAGAAGCACACGCCGCUGUAUGAGCAGCAUAACCAUGGACAUGGUGCCGAGGCCAAGGCUGAGACUCCCGCUCAGGCCGAAUCGCCCGCCCCGUCGGCGGAGGCGACCAAGGUUGGCGAGAAGGUUCCCGGAGAGAACCAGCAAAAGUGA